CCGAAAGGAGAACUCAAUAUUGUUUAUAUUUUCUUAAUUAUAUAUACAAACAUACAAUAUAUGUAACCACUUAGUAGAUGCAUCUGAAAAUAUAUUUUUUGCUCUCGAUAAUAGUUUCGUUACAAUUAUUAACGGCGCGCGCCUACAUUCAUCAGCCACAUCGCAAGAAUGUCAAACGAAUGAUUCCGAGCCUCUACACCGACUUUUCGCUCGCUAACGAAGUGGGCGAUAGUGGUGGGAGCGGUGGUAGCGACAGCGGCAGUGGUAGCAACAGUGGUGCCGCCGAAAAAUGCAAGAACGAAAUGAGUGCAGGCAGCGCCAAGCAGAAGGCUACCAAUAUCGCUCAGAAGGCAGCUAAGGAGGCUAAGGCUGCUUCGGACGCACAACAAGCGGCCGGUGAAGCCGCCUCCAUGCAAGUCAAGGCACAGCUGGCUGAGAAAGCUAUAGCGGCGGCAAAAGCGGCAGAGGCUGCGCUUGCCGGCAAACAGCAAAUCGUACAACAACUCCAGAAUGAGGUUCGCGAGGCUGAAGCAGUAGUACAGGAGCAGAGCACUUCUCUGCAGGACGCCCAACAAAAUGUUAAUGCCGCCAUGCAGGCGGCGCAGAAUGCGGCACAGCAGCUGAAAACACUCACGAAGGCGGUGGUUAUGGCUCAGACGAAUGUCGGCAAUGCAGAACAGGCAGCACAGGGUGCACAACAGGAGCAAGCUGAAAAGACACAGCUCUUCGAUGCCGCCAAGACACGUGUCGAACAGUUGUUGGGUCAGUUGAAUGCGGCGCGCAAUGAUUAUGCCAAAACGAAAGAGGCUGCCAUGAAAGCGGCUGCUGCGGCACAUGAAGCCAAGCAGAAUGCGAGCCCUGGUCGGUGUUAUCGCUCUUUGGCGACAGCACGUUUGUUGGCCAAGCGACAUCGCUUGUUGGCGCAUAGACAGCGACACUGAAUGAUCUGUAAUUGUGUGAAUGAGCGAACCGUUUAGGCGAAGAAUUCAAAAAUAGCGCUCUCGAUGACUUGUUACAUCAUCCUUCAUAAUAUAUCUACGACUUUGUUAUUUUGUCUAAUUUUUCCUUAAUUAACUUAGUCAUCAA